GCCGAAUUCAAGUGAAACGAGAAUGCUCGAACUUGAAAUUCAAAGGCUCAAUCUCCAGAUUGAGUACGAAAAGCUAUUGCAAACUAGAAUGAACGCGGAACGUCUCAGUGGCACGUUGUCUAACUCUGGGUCGGAGACGGGUGAUCAGAGGCGAUGGUGUUUCGAUUCUGUCCAGCAAUGUGCAAAAGUGCUGAAAGGGUUUCGCCUGCCGAGUGACGCGGAUGUGCCAUUAUGGUUUGAGGAGGUAGAGAAACUUUUUGCUACUUACCGAGUACCGAAUGAGAGUCGCGUGCAUUUGGUUAUACCAGCACUAACGGAACGAGUUCGUUACUUACUGCGUAACCUCAACCCUGAAGAGAGUGCAGAUUACGAGGCAGUUAAAGCAGCAGUGCUGACGGAACUGAAGCUUUCUCCGGCAGAGUAUCUGCAGAGGCUUGAACGAGCAGUAAAGCGGAAGGAAGAGACGUGGGCGCAGUUCGCGUCGCGUGUGAGAACUUAUUUCUCAUACUACCUUCAAGUGAGAGAGGCCGACACGGUAGAAGUGAUGGCCGAACUCAUGGUUGCUGACCGUAUAAAAUCGGGACUAAGUAUGGAGGGUCUUGAGUAUGUGAGAUUAAGGGAAGGCGAGGGAUGGCUUAGGCCAACCGAGAUCGCUAAAGUGCUCCAAACUUUCGAGCAAGCGAAAGGGAAAGGGCGUGCUUCAAAGCAACCAACUGUAGAAAUGGGGCAGAAGCCGGCGACACGAGUUGAGAAAGGGGCUCUGAAAUGCCACCUAUGUCACGGCUCAGGCCAUUUCGCUAAGGAGUGCCCGAAGGCUAGUGAUAAGGAGAACGACCCGAAGAAGGCUACCGAGCCAAAGCGGAAGGUCCAGAAGGUAAUUUUAACCCACGAGACGGAAAUUGAAAUACCCAAUGGAGUCCUUAGCGCAAAGGUGAAGUCUCUGAAACACGAGGGCGAAGGCACAAAUAAAGUGCAGUUAAUUCCUGUAUCAUGUGCAGGUACAGCCGCAGAUGCGAUUUUGGAUACAGGGAGUGAAGUAACUGUCAUUCGGGAGAGUCUGCUUCCGCGUAGUCUAAUAGAGCCGUGUGGCACGGUAAGAUUGGUGUCUGCUUUUGGUAAAACGAUCGAGGCAAGGCUAGCUACGUUGCCGGUAAAAUUAAAUAGCCCGCGAGUGGUGACGCAGCCUCAGAGCGUCGACCUACUCUGCGCGUUAACUGAUGAGCUCGUCGAGGGCACAGAUUGUUUGUUGACUGAGGAAGAUUGGAAACUUUUGUUGAAGGCCAGCAGCCCUCUGGCACCCUGUCGAGCACCGGCCGAGCCUGCUCAUGAGGCAGAACAAGCAGUAGAGAAACCAAAAGUAGUGGCCUGCAAUCUUACCUUGGAGGAAAAAGACGUUUCCGGGGAGGAUGAGCAAAUGGUGGAAUAUGCUCCACAACCAACGAGACAGCUGCUUUUUCCCUUUUGUGUAUGCUGGGACAUGGAGACGCGCACAAUAAAAUCCAACACUGUCCUCUAUGUUGAACCCCCUAUCUGCGAGGACAACAUCACCAGGAACCAAGUUGUCCAAUAA